AUGACGAUCCAGGAGUUUUCCAAUAUUUCUAGUCUGACUACGAAGGUAGUGGCAUCAAUUGAUGCGUACAAAGGAGCCAAGACCGAAAAAGCUCGGCGUGAUGCCCUUGAGAAUGCUACGAGUCUCGUAAGAGCUCUGGAAAAUCCCGCAGAUGCAAUUUACAAGUUAUUCGCUUCGCCUGUUGUUCUCAUGGCCGUUAAGACUGCCAAUGACCUAGGUAUCUUCAGUCUUUUAGCUCAAACGACUUCUUUUGCCACAUGUGGAGAACUGGCUACGCGGAAGAACGCGGACAUUCAGCUCGUUGAACGUAUCAUGCGUGUUCUUGUUUGCAAUGGUUUCGCUAGUGAACUGGGUCCCGGUCAAUAUGAGCCUACUGACUUGUCAAGGCAAAUGACGGAGAGGAAAACGAUUGGGACAAUGGACUCACUUUUCGUCGACUUCUUACCCAUCAUUCAGAAAACGCCGGAAUUCUUUCAGAAGUCUGACUACAGAAAUCCUGGAGACCCCAAGGAUGGGCCUUUCCAGCAUGCCUAUAACACAACUGGUUCCUGCUGGGACUGGUUAGCUAAGAACCCAGAGGCACUAGACCGCUUUAACACUUUCAUGGAGGGCUCCCGAGACGAGAUCCCUCACUGGGCUCACUGGUUUCCCGUUCAGGAGCAGUUACUAGAUGGAGCGUUGGAUAACCAUCCUCUGCUUGUUGAUGUUGGCGGGAAUCGUGGUCAUGAGCUCGUCGGAUUCAAGGAAAAAUUUCCCUUGGAGGCUGGAAAGCUUGUACUUGAGGAUUUGCCUUCAGUUAUCGAGGAUAUUCAAAACCUCGACAGCGAUAUUCUGAGAGUCAAACAUGACUUUUUCAAACCUCAGCCAGUCGAAGGUGCUCGUGCAUACUACUUCAAGCACAUUUUGCACGACUGGUCCGAUGAUAACUGCAGGGUAAUUUUGAAACACACUGCUGCUGCUAUGGAGAGGGGAUAUUCCAAAAUCUUGAUCGAGGAUUACGUCGUCCCUGACCAAAAUGCCGGGGUAAAGGAGACCUUGAUCGAUAUGGUUGUCAUGGUAUGGUGUCCAGGAAUUGAGCGGACUCGCCAACGAUGGACAGAGCUUCUAGAGUCCGUCGGAUUAAGAAUCAGGAACUUCUGGCUGCCAGAUGGGUACAACAAAGGAAUUAUCGAAGCCGAAUUAGAGGAGAUAGUUAGCUGA